CACCCGUGCUGCACACACUCAGCUGACACUUAGGGCUCACGUUGGCGAGUUUCAUUCACUCACUCACUCGUCUUCUUUAUACAUGCAGGACUUGUUCAUGUGUGUAAAUAAACAGAAGCUCGGGUAAAUGUGCCCGAAUGCUGUCUGGUCGCGCUGAUGACAGUGAGCUCAUGCUUUAUUAGGUCUGACUGACCUAAGCUGAGAUCACUGAGUCCUGCACACGUUCAUCCACGAUGUGUGAUUCAGGUCAGUCAGAGGAGGCUAAGGGCAGUGCUCAGGGCAGUCCGGUGAUAAGGCGGUUGGGGAUCAUCGCGACCUGCGCUGUUGGAGGAUCUCUCUUUGCUCUGUACGCCGUCGCUGCGCCGUUUGUCGCGCCCGCCCUGAGGAAAGUUUGUCUUCCGUUUGUUCCUGCAACCAGCACUCAGGUCAGAAACGUCCUGGAUGUUUUACGAGCGAGAUCGGGGACUCUUGUAGAUAUUGGAAGCGGUGAUGGACGGAUAGUCAUAGCUGCAGCAAAGCAGGGUUUCAGCGCAGUUGGCUUUGAGCUGAAUCCAUGGCUGGUGUGGUACUCGCGUUACAGAGCUUGGAGGGAAGGAGUUCAUCACCGCACCUCUUUUCAUAUAUCAGACCUGUGGAAGGUCAGUUUUGCACAGUACUCUAAUGUAGUCAUAUUUGGAGUUCCACAAAUGAUGGAGCAGCUAGAAGCCAAGCUUCAGUCAGAGCUUCAGACCUCAGCCAAAGUCGUAGCCUGCCGCUUCCCUUUCCCCACAUGGACUCCUGACCACGUGGCUGGAGAGGGAAUUGACACUGUGUGGGUGUAUGAUGCCAAGACAUUCAAAUCGCAAGUGACAACAGCAAAGCUGCUAAAAAACAGUGAAGACAGCAGGACUCCUCAUCAAUGAUGAACUUUGUACCAAAUGUACUGUCCACUAAAGUAAACGGAUUAAAAAAGAUACAUAUUUGUCCCUGCAAUGUAAUAACUAGUGUGAUUUAAAACUUGUUGUUUAUUGAUUUUUAUUUUCAUUAAAUAAGAGUGGCAC